AUGGAUACUGGAUUCGCGGAUUCAAAUAAUGAUUCCAGUCCAGGCGAAGGAUCCAAGAGGGGAAAUUCGGGUAUAGAGGGUCCAGUGCCAAUGGAUGUGGAGCUCGCUGCCGCUAAAAGCAAAAGGUUAAGUGAACCAUUCUUUUUGAAAAAUGUAUUGCUUGAGAAAUCUGGCGAUACCAGUGACUUGACUGCUUUGGCUUUAUCAGUACAUGCCGUUAUGUUAGAAUCUGGAUUCGUGUUGUUGGAUCAUGGCUCUGAUAAGUUUAGCUUUUCAAAGAAGUUACUUUCUGUAUCUCUAAGGUAUACUCUGCCUGAGCUAAUUACACGUAAGGAUACUAAUACAGUCGAGUCAGUUACUGUGAGGUUUCAGAACAUAGGCCCUAGGCUUGUAGUUUACGGAACUCUAGGUGGGUCUUGUAAGCGAGUGCACAUGACUUCUCUUGAUAAGAGUAGGUUUUUGCCUGUUAUUGAUUUGGUUGUGGAUACUUUGAAGUUUGAGAAGCAGGGCUCUUCUAGCUACUACCGGGAAGUGUUCAUGUUGUGGAGAAUGGUAAAAGAUGAACUUGUUAUACCGUUGUUGAUUGGUCUUUGUGAUAAGGCUGGCUUGGAAUCUCCACCUUGUUUGAUGCUCCUACCGACAGAGCUAAAGCUGAAGAUACUAGAGUUGCUUCCUGGUGUGAGUAUUGGAUAUAUGGCUUGUGUUUGUACAGAGAUGCGGUAUCUGGCUUCAGAUAAUGAUUUGUGGGAACAUAAAUGCUUGGAAGAAGGUAAGGGUUGUCUUUGGAAAUUAUAUACAGGCGAUGUUGAUUGGAAGCGUAAAUUUGCUUCUUUUUGGAGACGGAAACGACUCGAUCUCCUAGCAAGACGAAACCCUCCCAUAAAAAAGAGCAACCCUCGAUUUCCUACGCUAUUUCCAGACCGUAGAGACCGUAGAGAGCCUUUUGACCGUUUUGGCCCAAGUGACUUCUACCGUUUUGGACUAAGAGACCCUAGAGACCGUUUUGGCCCAAGAGACCCUAGAGAUCCUCAUUUCUACGGUUUCAGAUACUAA